GAAAAUUGUGCGCGGAGCGCAUUCUAACAGUGAUCGUAGUACGUGCCACACGUACGUGCGCAGUGUUUUUCUGUUCGGUUAAUUCGGUAAUCGGUAACAAUGACCGGUCGCGGUAAGGGAGGAAAGGGAUUGGGAAAAGGUGGUGCGAAGCGUCACAGGAAGGUGCUCCGUGAUAACAUCCAGGGUAUCACCAAGCCGGCGAUUCGUCGUCUGGCGCGCAGGGGCGGCGUGAAACGUAUCUCCGGUCUCAUAUACGAGGAGACCCGCGGUGUUCUCAAGGUUUUCCUCGAGAACGUCAUCCGCGACGCGGUAACCUACACGGAGCACGCCAAGAGGAAGACCGUCACCGCCAUGGACGUUGUGUACGCUCUGAAGCGCCAGGGCCGCACCCUCUACGGUUUCGGCGGUUAAGUUGAGUUCGGUCUCGUAUACUUUUGUAUACAUGACACACUAACAAAAAAAGGCCCUUUUCAGGGCCGCAUAUGUUUCGAUAAUAAAAAUAAAACGUUAUCA